AUGACAAGGACUAAGAGCAAGAGCCUGGAAAACAAGUUCAGUAUGUUCGUGGAGCAGCUGGAUCGUGAAGGACUGAUCAGGCUUGAUCAGUUUGAAGGAUUGCAACUAACACCAUCAGAGAACUCGCAUUUGACUGAUAUAUUCAACAAUGUGUCGCUGUCUGACCCGAACGCUUCAGGAGCCGAUGGCACCAAAUGGAUUCUAUUCAAUCUCAGGCUUGAGGCCCGUCUUACUACGGAUUCUUUGGCCUUAGAAGAAGCUUAG